UCACCCACUUGUGGCUACAAAUGUGGAAUAGAAGAGCCUCAAAUAAUCUAGCCUAUUUAGCUAACAUGGGAUCUUGUUAUAAACCCUCUUUGCCUCUUGUUCUUCUUCAGUUUAUUCUCUGUUUGUUGUUAGUCUGCACUAGUGAUGCAGAAGUUUCAGAAAAACCAAGGGCUUUGAACAAUACAAUAUCAGCUGUGUUUGUGUUUGGGGACUCAACUGUUGAUCCAGGCAACAAUAAUUACUUACCAACAGCUUUCAAAGGAAAUUUUGCACCUUAUGGUAGAGAUUUCACUAAUCGAAAUCCGACAGGGAGGUUCACCAAUGGCAGACUAACCACUGAUUUUAUAGCAUCUUAUGUGGGUGUUAAGAACUCUGUGCCACCAUAUUUGGACUCAAGACUUAGCAGUGAAGAGUUAAUGACAGGAGUCAGUUUCGCCUCAGCCGGCUCUGGAUUCGACCCUCUUACACCAAGAAUACCCAAUGUCAUGGACAUACAGAAGCAGUUGGAGUGUUUUAGAGCUUAUAAACAAAAGUUAGAGUCUGCAACUGGAAAGCAAAGAACAGAAGAUCAUAUCAAGAAAGCAUUGUUUAUCAUCAGCGCUGGCACAAACGACUUUGUUAUCAACUACUUCGCCUUACCAUUUCGACGAAAAAAUUACAGUGUCUUCACAUACCAGAAGUUCAUAUUGCACAAAGCCAAAGAACUAUUGCAGGCUUUGCACGACGAAGGGGCUCGAAAAAUAUUAAUGGUUGGACUACCCCCAAUGGGUUGUUUGCCAAUUGUGAUAACUCUCAGCUCCAAUAAUGCAAUUCUGAGUCGCGAUUGUAUUGAAGCGUAUUCCAUUGUCGCAAGAGACUACAAUCUGAUGCUGCAAAAUGAGUUGAAUUUUAUGCAACAAAGCCUUGGUCAUGCUGGUACUAGGAUUAAUUACAUUGACAUAUAUGGACCAAUAGAGUACAUGAUCCAAGGACCAGGAAAAUUUGAUUUUGAUGAGGUUAGCAGUGGCUGCUGUGGAACAGGUUACUUGGAAGCAGCGUUUUUAUGCAACCCAGAUUCAUAUGUUUGCCCCGACGCGUCUACGUAUGUAUUUUGGGACUCCAUACAUCCUACUGAGAAAACAUAUUACAAUGUCUUCAAGUCCCUUCUUCCGAUCAUUGACAGCUUUAUCAGGGAAUAGAAACUCAAGAAUGUAUGGUCAUAGGUAACUCUAUAAUGUGUAUUCUUCCACUAGAUACUAGUGAAGUAUAUAUGUAGAAUUCCUAUGUGUAUGUUUAGUUAUGAACAUAAAUAUUGACAGAGAUAGAUAUAUUGGCGGUGGCAGGGGCAGUGGGGCAGAAUUGCUUGAAUGAGAACGAUUCAACUUGCAUAACAUUGUCAGAGAUUUUGG